GGGCGCAAGCGGAAUCGCGUGUCCUCUCGCUUGUGCUUCCGGAUCACAGGUGAAACAUCUGAUGAAGCUUCCCACGUGGGAAGAAGAAAAAGAAGAAGCGUGGGGAUCGGGAGUAUCUGAGGAGUAUAAAAAAUGACAUCCCUUGCCCACCAGCUGAAGCGCCUUGCACUCCCCCAGAAUGAUCCCAGUCUCUUGUCUCGAAGUGAAGCAGCAUCACUGCUGUUUGAUUGUAAGGAAGCUGCCAGUAUUGACAGGGAGACCUUUUUUGCAAUAGGGUGCACUGGGCUAGAUGAGCUGAUUGGGAUUGAUCCAUCCUUUGAGAUGUUUCAGCCAACACUUUUCAGUCAAAAGUCCAAAGUUUUGGAGCGCAGUGUCCAAACUAAAGCAGUAAACCAGCGCCUGGAUGAAAAUAUUUCAUUGUUCCUGAUUCACUUGUCUCCUUACUUCAUGCUUAAACCAGCGCAGAAGUGCCUUGAGUGGCUGAUUCACAGGUUUCACAUUCAUCUCUACAACCAGGACAGUUUGAUUGGUUGUGUAUUGCCCUAUCAUGAGACUAAAUUGUUUGUGCGAGUUAUCCAGCUUCUAAAAAUUAGUGAUCCAACUCAAAGGUGGCAUUGGCUGCAUCCAAUUCAGAAACCAGGAGUUCCUCUUGCAAGGGGAACUUUGAUUACACACUGCUACAAAGACCUGGGUUUCAUGGAUUUCAUAUGCAGUCUAGUGACAAAAUCUAUAAAGGCCUUUUCGCUGCAUCCAGGGGGCUUAUCACAGAUGAGAGUCCUGUUUACAUUUUACGCCUCAACAAUUGUAUCUGCUCUUGGGGCUGCAGCAAGUAUAACAGACGCUCUAGUUUCCAAACUGCUUCCUUAUAUCCAAAAGGGUUUAAAGUCGUCACUGGUGGAAUACAGAGCAGCAACUUACAUGAUAAUAAGCCAAUUGGCUGUGAAAAUGACGAUGGAAAUGUCUCUGGUGCAUUCCUUGACAUUACAAAUCAGCAAGACUUUGACCAAAACACCCUCUCUUAUCAAGGAGGGGCUAGGCUGCCUGAUUAUCCUUCUUCAGAGUCAGAAGGAGGAAGGGCUUGGGAAAAAGCCAUUUACCUAUCUAUGUAAUAUUCCCAAUGUGAUUACCACCCUUCAUGAAAUUUCAACAGCUCAUGAUGCCAGUCCAAUUUUGCAUUACAUGUUGCCACACCUUGUUCAGUCGGUUAUUUAUGGAAACACAGAGGUGGACGAGGAAUCUGACAUAGUUGGAUAUCAAAUCUCUUUAAAACAUCUAGAAGCUAUACUUACAAAUAUACCUUUGGAAAAGGAUUUGGAUCAUUUAUUGGCCUGUAAAUUUCUGGAAGGGUAUAUUUCGUAUGGUGUAGAGUGUGACUCUGAUCCUGGCAAAAUGGCUGAGAUUAAUAAAGAGCUACUUCCUCUAAUCAGACUUUUUGAAAGAAAAUACUCUAUAACACUAGAUUUGGUACUGGAGGAAUAUCUGAAAGAUGUUAGAAAUCAGAAGGAGCAAGAUCUCUUCCACCAGUUUAUUUCCCUUUCAGUGAGUGGUGGUAAAUAUCAGUUUCUAGAAGACUCAGAUACGUCUCUGCUGCUUAGCCUGAAUCAUCCACAGCCAGCAGUCAGAAUCCUGGCUGUUCAGCAUUUGAAAGAAAUAAUUGAAGCAUCAAAGGAGGGCUUUGAUGACUCCUUCAUAGAAGAAGCCACUUUAGCACGACUUAAGGAUGAUAAUCUAGACGUGAUUAUGUCAUCUCUUGGUACAUUGGAGACCUUGUUGCUUAGUUUGAAGACUUUUGAUGACCAAAUUGGCUUCAGUCUGUUAUGUCUUUUUGAAAGAGCUGACCUCUCAAAGGAUGAAAGAUGGUGCAAGAUCCUGGAAACUGGCAUACACCUUUUAAUCAAAGAAGAAAUUCUUAAAAAGAAUAAAGAGCUCUUAAAUCAAUUAGUCCUAAAGGUGCUACCAUUUAUAGUCAUAACCAGUAGUGAUUCAAAAUCUGCCGAAUGGAAAGUGGCAUUUUGUAUAGCAGAGUCUGGUCUGUGCUCCCUGCAUCCAUUGUUGAAAGGCUGGCCAGAAGCUUUCGAAAAGGUAAUUAAAGCAGCCAAGUCGGAAGACUUGAUAGGUGCAUCUAAUGCAAAACUGAUCAGCCUUCUGUCAAAGAACCUAACUUCAGUGGAUCCAUCCUUCACAUUACAAAUGGUGGAAGGUCUCGUCAGUAUUGCAGAAGGGGAGUGUCACACUGUGACACAGAAGAUAACCACUCACAUUAUCAGCUCUGUUCUUGUCCAGUCCUGCUGCAGUAGUUCACAAGUGGAAGAGUGUCAUUUACCACUAGCUUUGAAGGUCUUCCAUCUUUUGAGUAGAAAAAUGCAAAAUCUUGAUGACACUUGCCCUGCAGAGGCAUUUCUCUGCAACUUCUCUGUUGAGUUCACAUCUGGCAAUGAACUGUUCUUAGAGAUAUUAAUGGCAUAUAUAAAAAAGUUAAACACUAGGGAAGCUGUUGAAUUAGAAGAUUCUGCCUUGCUCAUCGUUUUGAUUAGAAGCUUUAUUCAAGGCCUGCUUCCUCCGGAUUCCUUUUCAAAAGAUGAGGUGUGGUGGAAUCCAGAAACUUUAAGCGAAACAAGCAAAGGCUAUUUACACCUGCUGUUGGGGCUCUUUGACAUUCUGGUCCAUGGAGCCAGUGAGGGAAUCUAUGCUGAUCAUUUUCGUGCAAUGAUCCGACUUCUGUUUAAGGUACAUGUGAAAGAACCAGAGAAUCAGUUCAGAUUUCUCUCAGUCAUAUGGACUUACAGUUACAACCUCUCCAAUCAGCUGAACUUUGCAACAGAUGCUGUGCAACAGACUCGGGCUUUGUAUAUCGGGUGUGCAAUGCUUGCAUCGCAAUCUGUGCAGAAGAAAAGGCAACUGGCAUCGGCAGCCUCUCCAGUGAUCAUAUCUUUGCUGAUCAAUUUGGGAAGUCCUGUGAGCGAAGUACGAAGAGCUGCUCUAAACUGCCUUCAUUCUUUAAGUGGAAUAAAAGAAUCUGCAUUUCAUCCUAUCAUCCAUAAUUUAGUACAGAAAGCCGAGGAAAUAAUAUCUGACCAAAAUUACAUAAUCCAGAGCCUUCAUAAUUUGUUUGAAGACCAGCAACAUAAGCAAAAGGCACAGCAGCAGAAGUUGUCAGAAACACUAGACACAUUGCUUGAAUGUGUAGAAACCAUCAAAUGUCCUUCAUACAUUGCAAGGAACCUGAUGAAAAUUCUUCAUGAUGUCAAUGGCAAGGUGGUGCUGUCUCACUUGUUGCCUGUCCUUGAUCGAUUAUUGGAGAAAGCUGUUAAGGAACCAGAGCAGAUGUUAAAAGAUGAAGCUCUUCUUCUGCAUCUCAUUCUUGGGAAAUACAACAAGCAUUCAGCAGCACUCCUUUGCACAAAUCAGCACUGUCUGGAUUUAUUCAUCAAAGCUCUGCAUGCCUCCCAAGAAGUCUGCAAAGGAUUUACUUUCCAGAUUAGAGCUCUCGGGCAGAUUACAAAACCAUUUUUUGCUGCAGUGCCAGAUGGGAAGGUUCAGCAAAAGAUUUUGGGAGUUUUGUUUGAUUUACUGCUAAACUGCAAAAAUCCACGUUGUGCGCAGACAGUCAGCAGUGUUUUUAAAGGGAUUUCAGUUGAUGCUGAGCAGGUUAGUGUGGAACUGGAACCUCUACCAAAAGCUAAGAAUGUGGCUAGUGUUCACCAGACAAGAAGGCAGAAGAUGCAGCAGCAGAGAAAAGCUCAAGAUCAAGCAUGUGUACAAGAAGAAAACAGUGUGAACUGGCAGAGAGUCAUACUUAUCCUGGAAUUGCUGCAACAUAAGAAGAAGCUCAAACAGCCGCUAGCACUGAUACCUACCCUUUUCAGCUUGCUGGCUAGAUGUCUGGAACCUUCUUCAGAACAUGAACAUCUGGAAUAUAUAAAACAGCUAAUACUUGGUGGUCUGUUAAACAUUUGUCAGAAACUGUCUCCAGAUGGUAGCAGGAUAAAAGCAGGUACCCUUGAUGAAGAGAAGUUUAAUGUUGAGUUGAUAGUUCAAUGCAUCCGGGUUUCAGAAAUGCCUCAGACACAUUACCAUGCCUUGCUCUUGCUGGGUGCUGCUGCAGGUUUGUUUCCUGUUAAAGUGCUGCACAACAUCAUGCCCAUUUUUACUUUCAUGGGGGCAAACGUCAUGCGCCUGGAUGAUGCUUACAGUUUUCAAGUGAUUAAUAAAACAGUGAAGAUGGUCAUUCCUGCUCUUAUACAGGCUGAGGAGGAUAGCAGUUCUGCAGAAACGACAGGAAAUGUGGAAGAGGUGGUAAUUAAAAUAAUCCGUGUGUUUGCGGAUGCUUUGCCUCAUGUGCCUGAGCACCGACGCCUUCCAAUCCUGGAGCAGCUGAUAAGCACUUUGGGAGGGGAGCGAUUUCUCUGGGUUCUUCUAGUGUUGUUGUUUGAACAGCAUGUGACAAAAUCCAUGGCUGCAGUAGCCAACGGGGAGAAGGAUACCGUUUUGGAGACUGAUACAGAAUUCUGGAUUUCUAUAUGCUGUGAAUUUAGUGCAAUACAACAGCUACAGAGUUUGAUGAAAGUCCUGGACUAUUUAAAAAAACUACCAGAGAACAAGGACGAUGAUCUUGGGCAAAAGAAGUCAAGGCUGCACAAGAUAAAAUCACACAGUCAAGAGACAGAGCUCUUCAAUGUGGAGUCUCACUCUGGCAAGCAGCUGAGGCACUUCAAAUUCUUGGCUGUCUCCUUCAUGUCACAGCUGCUGGCUUCGCAGAGUUUUGUGAAAAAGGUAGUUGAAUGUGAACAUGUUGAGGAGUUAAAGGACUUUGAGCAAAGGGUGUUGGAAGCGGUUCUUUGCUACAUAAAUGCUGUGGCACAGUCAGUGGAAAAAAAUGCCGAUGCACCAACAGCAAAGUUCUGGAGAGCUCUGCUCAAUAAGUCCUAUGAUGUACUGGAUAAAGUCAAUGCCUUAAUGCCAACAGAAACUUUUAUUCCUAUCAUCAGAGGUCUGAUGGCUAACCAUCUUCCUUCUGUGAGACGUAAAGCAAUGGAUCUCUUGAACAAUAAGUUGCAACAACGCACACAAUGGCAGCAAACACAAGUUGAGCUGCUCUUGGAACUGGUUCCUGAUCUUAUUGCUGUUGUGCAGCGUAACGCAAGUGACGCCGAGGGGGAGCAGGCGGUCAAUAGGCAGACGGCUUUGUUCAGCCUGAAGCUGCUGUGCAGGUCUUUUGGCACGGAAAGACACGAGCUGUUUGUGCCUGUGCUGAAAACUGCUGUUGAUGUGAUUUCUUCAGGAAGGAACGAAGAAAGGAAUGUCACAGGAAGUGCUUUGCUGUGUGUCGCUGAGGUCACCCGUGUGCUGAAAGCACAGGCCAUACCUCAACUCCCAAGGCUUAUGCCAGCAUUGCUAAAGAUACUAAAACACAAAAAGGAGUUGGUUGCCAGUGAAAUUUAUUUGCUUAGCUCAGUGACGGCUCUAUUGAAGGUUGUGGAAACAUUGCCACACUUCCUCAGUCCAUAUCUCCUGGAUAUCUUGAUGCAGUUGGUCCGCUUGGAAAGAAUUGCGAUUGAAAUGGGACCGUCAUCUCAUGUUAAUCUACGUGUGACAUCUCUGAAAACCACCCUAGCAACAAAACUUCCACCAAGAGUUCUUCUGCCAGCAAUCACAAAAUGUUAUGGUGAAAUUACAAAUACUUAUAAGAACUGUCUAGGUUCCCUUAUGGAUAUCCUCAAGGAACAUAUUAUAAUUCUGGAAAAAGAUUCACUUGCUGCACACCAGUCUGAAUUAACAGCAUUUUUCUUGAAGGCCUUGGACUUCAGAGCUGAGCAUUCUCAGGAUGAUCUGGCAGAAGUUGGGAAAAUAGAGACACAUAUUAUUAUGUGCUUAAUCAGCAUGGUUAUGAAGCUUUCUGAAAUGACUUUUAGACCUUUCUUCUUCAAGCUCUUUGACUGGGCCAAAAUGGAGGGUGUCUCAAAGGAUAGGCAGUUGACUUUCUGCCGACUGGCAGAUUGCAUUGCUGAACAGCUAAAAGGACUGUUCACCCUCUUUGCCGGUCAUUUAGUGAAGCCUUUUGCUGACACUCUGAAUCAGAUCAAUACUUCCCAAACAGAUGAAGCUUUCUUUGACUCCGCGAACAACACUGAAAAGAGCUGCUUAUUGAUGCAGUUCACCCUUGAUUGUUUACACAAAAUUUUCCUUUUUGAUUCCCAUCAUUUUGUGAGCAAAGAGAGGGCAGAAACAUUGAUGAUGCCUUUGGUGAAUCAGUUGGAAAAUAUGCUUGGAGGAGAAGAGAGUUUCCAGGAAAGAGUGACAAUGCACUUGAUUCCAUGCAUAGCUCAGUUUGCAGUUGCAAUGGCAGAUGACUCCCUGUGGAAGCCGCUGAACUAUCAGAUUUUGCUGAAGAUGAGGCAUGCAUCGCCCAAGGUUCGAUUCGCUGCCUUGUUAGCUUUGCUAGAACUUGCAGAAAAAAUAAGAGAGAACUACAUGGCGCUGCUCCCAGAAUCUAUUCCUUUCUUAGCUGAGCUUAUGGAAGAUGAAUGUGAAGAAGUAGAACAUCAAUGCCAGAAGACAAUUCAGCGGCUUGAAGUUAUUCUUGGAGAACCACUGCAGAACUACUUCUAAGACUGUUUUCUUUUACUAGUAGUCUGAGUUCUUAAUUAUGUUUGAACAUUAACAGUGAAUACUUUUUAAUGUUAAGCAAGACUUUUAAUUAUGUAAAUAAGUUUUCUCACUCUGAAUCUGUGAUUUUAAAAAACGCACCCUUUAUAAAUGGUUGAAAACUUAA